AAUCAUGGCCGUCUUUUGACAGACAAUGUGGUCGGCUAGCCAGCUACUUGUUUCACUCUAAACGAUUCAUACGAUGUUAACACCUGGGAAGGAAGGAAUUCAACAAGUAGUUUGACGCAGCAUACUGCAGAUAUGAAGUAACUUUAGCUGUUGUGUGAAUUGGGCAGCGUUUUAAAAUAAGUAGGCUACUUUGUUUUGUCAAGUCAUCGUUUUUUUUGCAUACAAAAAUGUACAGUUCAACAUUCAACAACGGAUUACUGAGGUCAGAGGAAUGUUCUGGAAGUAGCAGUAACUUUUUGGCUGUCCGCAACCAUAAAUCCAUCAAGAGACAUGAGGUUGAGGGUAACGUUAGCCUGUUAAGUUGGGCAAGCGAAGAGGACGAUGAAGUCCAUUUUGACACUUCUGACACAGAUAAUAAUCGCGAGGUGUUAAUGGCUGGUAAACAUUACCCGUCCAUCCAAGAGUUUGCCUCAGCAAUCCCCAACCACCUUCUCCUGGGGUCUCUGCUGGAGCACCUGUGCUUCGUCUACGAGAGCAACCCAGCGCGCUCACGUACGCUCUUUAAAGUCAUUGGCCAGCGUUUAGCUGCCAUGAACCUCCUCUCCCCUUUGGCCAUAAGUGAUGAGUUCAGCACCGUCAGACUGCAGCACAACCGGGCCUUCACUGAGCUGCUUCAUGCUGCCAGCUCCUCGCUGUACCCACAGGGCCAACAAGGUCUCGGCUCAAACACACACAAUCCUGCUAUAAGACCUAAGGAAGGGCUGUUUCAAGCACAGACGUCUCGGUAUGUUAGUGAAUUUGAAGAAAUAGUCAGACUUGGAAAAGGAUCAUAUGGAAAUGUUUUUAAGGUUAUGAACAAACUGGAUGGACAGUUUUAUGCGGUGAAGAAAAUUCUCAUCAAAAAAGUCUCAAAAGAUGACUGCAUGAAGGUCCUCAGGGAAGUCAAAGUGUUGUCCAGCCUGCUACAUGUAAAUGUUGUUGGCUAUCACACUGCGUGGAUGGAACAUGUUCAGCCUGUGGCACAUCCUGAGCCUCUCCUGCAUGCACUGGAGUCACCGGGACAACAAGACAGUUCUAAUGAGAGCCCUUACAACAGCCGCUCCAGCUCUUCGAUAGUUUUCCAAAGCCUCAGUCAAGCAUCGACAGAUUCUGCUUCAAAUGCCAAAGGACCCCCAACAGCGGUGGAGCACGUCACAGCUUUAGUCCCAACGCAAGAGAAGGCCCAGAUGCUGUGUCCCAAGACAAUGCGCCGCAUUCCCGAGAACUACGUCCCCUGUGUGUUCCUGGGACAACGAGGUCCCCCGAAAAGCUCCAAAUGUCCUGCCAUGGGGCGGGACAGUUCAGCGCUGUUAGAUGAGGAAUCCAGCAGGAGUAGCAUGGAACUGAACAACAACUCCUGCAUCAACAAAUGCACAGCAAAGCCUUUUAAAGAGGUCCAGUUCCACCUGAUGCUCUACAUCCAGAUGCAGCUGUGUGAGCGCUCACUGAAGGACUGGAUCACUGAGAGGAACACCAAGCCCAAAGAAGAACAAACCUCAAGAUGUCCUUACAGAUGUGUUGAUACCGAACAUACAUUCAGCAUGCUGAGAGAGAUACUUGAUGGAGUGGAGUACAUUCACUCCAGGGGAAUCAUGCACAGAGACCUGAAGCCAAGGAACAUUUUCCUCCAUGGUCAUGACUACCAUGUUCGGAUAGGGGACUUUGGCCUGGCCUGCAGGGAUAUAAUAAUGGAGGGCCAUAAAAGCACCACUUCUCCCAGCAGUGAUUCCUCACAUACUACAGGUGUUGGCACAUUUGUGUAUGCUGCUCCAGAACAACUGAAGGGAUCCCAUUAUGAUUCAAAGUCAGAUAUGUACAGCAUCGGAGUGCUGGCUCUCGAGCUAUUCCAGCCUUUUGGGACAGAGAUGGAGCGGAUCCGGACCCUUGGGGACCUGAGAGAGGGGAAAAUCCCAGACUCGUUCUGCCAGAGAUGGCCAGUCCUGACUAAGUUCAUCAUGAAGCUGACAAAUAAGGACCCCAGUGUUCGGCCCACAGCCAGCGAGCUUCUACAGAGUGAACUCUUCUGCAGUAAAGACAUAGUGAUCCACGGGUUGCAGAGAAGGGUUGAAGAGCAGGAGGAAGAGAUCAUGCAGUUGAGGCGACAGAUCAGUCGGCUUCAGAGCUCCGAAGUCACAGUUCAUAUCUCUGAGUCGGACAAGACCUGAGCCUUAAAGAUCUCAGCCUUUCACAGACUGUCAAAAACUUGAUUUAUUCAAUCACUGCUGCACUAUGUAUUGGUGAAUUGGUACAAGUGGUAGAGAGUGUGUGUGUGUGUGUGUGUGUGUGUGUGUGUGUGUAUAAGCAUAUAAAUGUGUGUUGUACACCUGGAUGUAAGAGUGCAAUUAUUUAUCUACAUUCAGCUGUUCAAUAAAAGCUAUUACUGCUACA